AAAGCUUUGGACUCCAUUAAUAGCCGUUUGGCCUUGGUGAUGAAAAGCGGUAAAUGUGCCAUCGGACUGAGGCAGACUCUCCGUCUUCUGCGUCGAGGUGGCGCUCGCUUGAUCAUCAUUGCUAAUAACGCACCUCCACUAAGGAAAACGGAGAUCGAAUAUUACGCUAUGCUGUCCAAGACAGGAGUGCAUCACUACAAUGGCUCCAACCAAGACCUCGGUACUGCUUGCGGGAAGUAUUUCCGAGUGAGCACGCUGGCGAUUGAGGAUCCAGGUGAUUCUGAUAUCAUCCGCACGGUCCCUCACGAUGGUGAAUCCAAAUAA